AGACUGAAUUCUUAUAAUGAGCUGCACUGGCAUAGCAGUCAAGGCGGACAAUCCACGUAACAAUUUCUUAAAAAAUAACCAAUUUGACUUCAUGAUUUUUUUUUUCUUGGGACCCCCAACUCAUCGAUCCAUGAGUUUGUCCAACAAGAAAGUGAUUCAACAAAAUGGCCCCAAUCGAAAUAUGAAAUAUACAGAUCCCCAAAGGGAGAAUACCAGAAAUCUGUUCAAAAGCAUCCCUCCAAUUUUCCAACCUAAGCCAGCUCUCACUAAUUAAAGAUAUCUGAGAUGGAAGAAAUACCCAAAACAAGCAAGCAGAUCUUCAUAUUAUCAGGGCAAAGCAACAUGGCCGGUCGCGGAGGCGUUUGCAAAGACCACCACCACCACAACCACCAGUACUGGGACAAGUUAGUCCCACCAGAAUGUCAACCCCAUCAAGACAUCUUCCGUUUUUCAGCCAAGCUCCAUUGGGAACAGGCACAUGAACCACUACAUGCUGACAUCGACUCGAAAAAAGUUUGUGGGGUUGGACCCGGCAUGUCGUUUGCUAACAUGGUGAGGGAAAAGAUGAGGGUGGUGGUGGGAUUGGUGCCGUGUGCGGUGGGUGGGACGGCCAUCACACGGUGGGGGCGUGGAGAGGUAUUGUAUGAGAAUAUGGUGAAAAGGGCCAAAGAGAGUGUCGAAGAUGGUGGGGAAAUCAAGGGGUUGCUAUGGUAUCAAGGAGAGAGUGACACGUCGGAUAUUCAUGAUGCCGAGGUUUACCAGGGGAACAUGGAGAAGCUUAUUGAGAAUGUUAGAGAGGAUCUUGGUCUGCCUUCCCUUCCAAUUGUUAUGGUAGCAAUUACAUCAGGAGAUGGCAAGUAUGUGGAUAAGGUGAGAGAAGCACAGCUAAGGAUUAAUCUACCGAAUGUGGUAUGUGUGGAUGCCAUGGGAUUGGAUCUUAAAGACGAUCAUCUUCACUUAACAACUGAAGCUCAGGUUAAGUUGGGCCACAUGUUGGCAGAAGUUUACCUCAAGAAUUUUGCACCAUCAUGGAAACGUUUCUUUUCUUGCUUGCUUUGCUAAAAAUAAGGGGAAUGGGUUUCCUGUGCCUGAUCUUUUGCUGUAUUCUACUGUUGAUUUAAUUUUUGUUUCUACCCCUUUUCUUUUUGCCGAUUCCCGGAUUCCGAUGGAGCAAUUUGGGGUUCGGUGGAUCUUAGCUAGAAUUGUUAUUGGGACUUCUAUUGUCAAGUAACUUUUGCAGUCCAAAAAUCAGUAAUCUGUUUUUUGCGUCCAGCAAAAAAUCAAGUGUUCAUUGCAGAUCAUACCAAAAUAUGGAACAGAGAAGGAGAAGCGCAUUGCUUUGGCCCACUCAGGUUCCAUUUUGGGCUAUGAACUUGUGAGCUGUGACCAGCUGGGUUCCAUCGGAGGUUGUAUGCUUAUGUUGGCUCUGUUUAAGGCUUUAAGCUAUAGCAAACAAAGACUACGUUAAAUAUGGGCCAUGGCCAAAGCUUAGCCGACAUAAGACUGUGUCCCCGUUUAUAGAAACAGAUUGGGGUGGUUAUUUUUUAUUUAGUUUAGUUUUUAUUAAAAAAAAAUAAUUAAACUAAAUUUUUUUUUUAAAAAAAUCAAAAUCAGUUCAAAUCGGCCAGUUUUGGUUCUGUUUGGUUUUUUAGGAUAAAACCCGGUUCAAAUCGGUUUGACUCGGUUUUUUUAGUUUUGCUCGUUUUGGCUUGGUUUUUUUCUGUUUAGGUUCAGAUUGGUUUGAUUUUUUUGGUUUCAGGCAUAUAAAACCAAAACAGAAUUGAAUCGGUCAGUUUUUUUAAAAUUUUAAUCGGUUUAAUCGGGUUUUUUUCAUGGUUUAGUUUUUUCAGUUAUUUUUUUUCUAGUUUUUUUUAUUUAAUUGAUUUUUUAAUUUUUUUGCUCAUUUCUAGAAACAACAAUGAAUUAUUACCCUGGAGUGAAGAGUUCAGUCCCCAUACCACUUCAAAUUUAAACCGGGUCAGGCAUGGGUCGUCUACUGUAUUAUUCCGAUUGGGUUUUUGGCAUUUUGGGUAUCUAGCAAAUAUGGACUAGGUCGGCUUCUUUUGUUUUUCUUAAUAUUUUGUAAUAUAUUAAUAUUUGCAUUA